GCGCGUCCUAUUGUCUUCGAUCACUCGUCGCCGACGUCGGCCGUCGCCGUCGUCCGUUCACUUCUCACCGUCGCUCACUUCACUCCGUAUACGCUCACUCGGCUGCCGUCGCCCCGACUCGCCGCUGCGUACCGCGCAUCGCCCCCGGGAUCGUAUCGAGGACGAGGACCUCCGGUCGUCGUUGUCUUCGUCUUCGUCGUCGUUGCCGCCGCCGGACGCGGCUCUCGUCCUCGGCGAAACUCGCUUUGUCGCGCGCGCUCAGAUCGCAGGCGUCUCGCAACACGGGAACGGUGUAUCACUGCGGCCGCACGAUGUACAUAACGCAUACGUGCUCCGUGCGCGCGCACGUACCAUACACAUGCGCGCGGAGAUACGUAAACUUCACACACACACACGCCGAGUAUACGCACGGCACGCACACGUACGCGUCACCCGUAACGCGCGCGCUUGACAGAGAGACGGCACGGGCACAGCGCGGGGGAGAGAUAGAACGACACGGACGUCAGGCGCGAGGGCCGCGAGGGACGGAGCGAGAAGAGUGGGAGAGCGGGCUGAACUUACUGUCGUGUAAACACGAGCAAGUUCGGAAGUGUGACUCGUAGAUUUCGCACGCGCUGCACGACUACACGCAGAUGAGUCGGCGACUCGUGCACCAAUGGACGGCCCGGGCACGGUUACAUGGGAGGAAUUCCUCGAGAAUGCAGAGAAGUUUCUUGUUGUUUCAGCCAAGAUAUCGGAUGGAUGGGAGCUUCGUGGGGACAAGGAUAUUCCCGGAGAAGCUUAUCUAGUUAGGAGAGCCAAGUGCUUCGUACCGAACGACUCGGCUACGAAAAAGGACGGAUCGACCGGUGACGACGACGAUGCCGAGGAGUUCCACGUGAAAUUUCGAGAAGACCCGCACGAAGCCACCUCCACGAGCGAAACGCCUUUCAUCAUCGAGCAUCACAUUCUGUGGUCUGUUAGCUACAGCGUCCCGGUGCUCUUCUUCAAUGGAUGGAAAUCAGAUUUCCCCGGUAUUAACCCAGUGAGCGUAAAUGAGGCUCAAACGGUUCACGGUUCCAAAUUAAAUUACACGGAAUUAUCGCAGGCGAUUCAUCCUAUCGUCGGCACGCCAUUCCUACAAUUACAUCCGUGUCUAUCGCAGGGGUUGCUGCAGACCAUGUCGAAGAGCAAGAAUAAGCUCGUUAGUUGGCUGAGCUGCGUGGCAUCCGCGGCCCUAAAUCUCAAAAUACAUCCGGAAUAUUUCAAACUGACUCACUGAAGCCUAAGACGUUUCGAGCAUUCUAAGGGACAACGAACAUCCAAGAUCCUAAUUAUCGUUCAAGUGAUCAGCGACUGGUCAUUCGAAGUCGCUUCCUGUAUGUGGGUACCUAAGCAUAGCCGGAGAGAUCACCUCGGUAUGCGAGAAGAGCCCGGGUCUCAUCUCCGUUCGGGCAUACGCGAAUAAUUCCAGUCACGGAUAUUCGAUGGCGACGGCGAUUCGAGUGGAAUCCGUCCGCGGGCGUCGACAGCGGCAUAGCGGAUCUAGCAUUGACCCACGGCGGACCGAGUAAAUUGCUCGCAAUUGGGCGACGUUUCGCAUCCGCGCGCGAGGGGAAAGCGGGAGGGUAAAAGAGGUUGGAGCGUGGAAAAGAGAGCACGCAAUUAAUGCAACCGCGUGCGCGCGCGCGCGCGCGCGGCAAUUAGUCCGCAACAAGGACGCAUUUGCGUGCGGCCGGCCCCGGGAAUAUUCGUUCUCGACGAACGCGCAGUUUUCAUAUACGCGCGCGCGCAAAAGUACGUACAGUCGGCUGCGUUAACGAUAUCCGGGAUGCGAGGCGAUUAACACGCUUCUCGCUAAUUUUUCUUUCGCUCUUCGCGAACGAGAGACGGCAAUCGUACCGAUUUAAUCGCGAUUAAUCACGUAAAGGAAGUACGAUUCUGAAGUAUCGCAAGGAAAAAUAAUGUAAGGGGAGAGAAAGAGAGAGAACGAGGAUAUAUUGUCGGGCACCGUUGACGCAGCCGAUUGUAAGCAACGCUCCUCCCGUCUCGCGCGACUCGCGCUCGCAUCCGCGCGUUCGCGUCGCACGCGCGUCAGCGAUUCUCAACCGAGCCACCGUCAGCCACCGCCGCCGCCGCGGCGGACGCUUGGCGAUUAAUAAUCCCGUUAGCCCCGUCCUCCCCCAUCGCCGAACACGGCCCGUGCGUGUGACGAGCGUCCGUAUCACGAAACACGUGCCGUUCUAAAUUACAAUAGCAAAUGUACGAUGUUAUUCAUGUCCGACCUCCAUUCGGAAUAUUCGGAUAGUUCUCGCGCAAAAA